AUGUUUCCAGGCCAAGGUAGACAUACUUAUGGAGGUCAACAACUGAAUGAAUAUGCACCUCCUCCAGCUGCACCACCACCAAAUUUUAGUGGCUAUAAUCCACCUGCUCCUCCGUCUGGUUAUAAUUAUCAAGAAUAUCAAAGACCAAAUCAACCUCCUCCUUCGUCAGGUUAUGGUUAUCAAAGACCAGAUCAACCACCACCACCACAAAGUUAUAAUAAUCAAUCAAGUUAUCAACAAUAUGAUAGUAGAGGACAAUAUUCUAGGCCACCUACUCAAGUACAAUCUUUUGGUGUAGAAAACUAUAACUAUCUGUAUUCUAAUUGUUCAGGUCGUAAAAAAGCAUUACUAGUUGGUAUAAAUUAUUUUGGCUCACGUAAUGAAUUAAGAGGUCCAAUUAAUGAUGUUAAUAACGUUGAAAGAUUUUUAUUAACCCAAGGUUUCUCAAACGAUAAUAUUGUAAAAUUAACUGAUGAUCAACGUGUACAACGUGCUAUUCCAACAAGACAAAAUAUAUUAGAUGCAAUCCAAUGGUUGAUCAAAGGUGCUCAACCUAAUGAUUCAUUGUUUUUCCAUUAUUCAGGUCAUGGAGGUCAAACUGAAGAUCAACCAGAUCAAUACGGUAAUUAUGAUGAAGAUGACGGAUAUGAUGAAGUUAUUUAUCCUGUUGAUUUUGAAACUAAUGGUUUUAUAAUUGAUGAUUUAUUACAUGAUUUAAUGGUUAAAACAUUACCACAAGGUUGUAGAUUAACUGCAUUAUUUGAUUCAUGUCAUUCAGGUUCAGUCUUAGACUUACCUUAUAUGUAUUCUACAAAGGGGGUUUUGAAAGAACCAAAUGUUAUGGCUGAAGCUGGUCAAGGUUUAUUACAAAGUGCGAUGUCAUAUGCAAGGGGUAAUACGAUGGGUAUGAUUCAAGGUGUUGGUGGUAUUGUCAAAACUUUUAUGAAUCAAGGUAAAGCUCAAAAAGCUCAAGAAUAUUCAAAACAAACUAAAACUGCUCCCUGUGAUGCUAUCAGUUUUAGUGGUUGCAAAGAUUCACAAACUUCAGCUGAUACUCAAGAAAAUGGUGGUGCUGUUGGUGCAAUGUCGUAUGCAUUCCUUGCUGUAAUGCUGCAAAAUCCUAAUCAAUCAUAUUUAUCAUUAUUACAAAAUAUGCGAGGUAUAUUACAAGCAAAAUAUUCUCAAAAACCUCAAUUAACAUCAUCACAUCCAAUUGAUUGUAAUUUACAAUUUAUAUUAUGA